AUGAUUUCAAAUGAAUUAAUAUUUCAUAUUUUCAUUUCUUUGAUAGAUUGUUCCACUAUAUUACCAUACGUAGAAACAUUCAAUAGUAACAAUGAAAGAGUAGAUGGUGAUUAUAAAUACUCAAUUGAAAUACCAGAUAUUUGUUACGAUACAGACGAUUUCGCAAAUAUCAACGAGCGAAUAUAUGUGAAUUAUCAACCACCAAUCGAUGAUAAUGUAGAAGAUCGAACAUCAAUCGAUCAAAAUGAAGAAGAUCCAACAUUAAUCAAUCGAAAUAUAGAAGAUCUAACAUCAACCGAUCGAAAUGUAGAAGAUUCAACAUCAAUCGAUCUAAAUAUAGAAGAUCCAGAAUCAAGCGGUCAUAAUAUAAUAGAACUAACAUUAAUCGAUCGCAAUAGACAAGAAUCAGAAAAUAUUGAACAGAAAUUAAGUCGAAUACCAAUCCUUAUUGAUCAGGAUAUAACUUCUCACCGCAUCUAUCCAGCGGGUUUUCCUGUCUCAGUGACCAGGCAAAUAGCACUAUUACCAGCAGCUUUAAUGUAUUUGAUACGCAAAGAAUUUGGUGCACAAGCAGCCUUGGUAAAUGAAGCACGAUUGAUAUUAGAAGAUUUAUCAUUUGGUAUUAUUUUCUGCAAUAAAAAACAAGAGAUGUUGGCAGUAAAAAAUCAUUAUGGAAGUUGGAGUGCUGUUAAAGGAUGGAUUUAA